AUGGGAGCUACUACGUACAUGACCAAGGUUGGUGCCCUUGUUGGUUUUGAGUUAAAGACAAAGAUGGUAAAUGGCUUUAUGCAAAGCUCAAUUGGCUGUUCCAUUUAUUUAUUCCUUCUUCUACCUUCUUUGGUGCAUGCUUUGAUUUCUUUCUCUUGCUUUUAUCCCUCUCUAUUGGUCUCUCAUUCCCUUAAUAUUGAACCAAUGAAGCCACAAAUUGGUUGGCUUUUCUUUGUUCUCCUUCUUUCCUCUUUUCUAGCUUCUGCCCGUCUCCUUAAACCACCGAAAGGUCCAGGACAAGGUGAGAAAGAAAUGGAGGUCAAUGACAACGCUAUUCCUCGGUCAUCUCUUGAGCUAAAAGAUGAUAUGGAAGAACUAAUGGGAUCAAAGGGGUGCUAUACGAAGGAUGAAGCAGGCAGUAUCAGAAGGAUGAUGGUGGAGGCCCACUUGGAUUACAUCUACACCCAACACCAUAAGCCUUGA